AUUGUUCUACUGUUUGAGCCAACCCAUAAAUGCAGUAUAUAUACCUCAAGGAGCAUAGGUAGCACACACUGAGCAGAUCUGUGAGAGACAUUAAUCAUGUUACAGCAGCUCUUAUUUCAUACAUUAAUGUCUUGUUUAUUUUGGAGAUUAAUGCUGUUCUGUGAUGUCCAAAAGCGCCCGAUAGCACACUUACCUGGAGAUAUCAUCAUAGGAGGGAUCUUUCCAAUCCAUAAAGAGGUUUCAAAUUUAACUGGACGCACUGAUGCGAAUGACUUUAUAUGUACUGGGUGAGCAUUAUUGUUAUUUUGUUUAAAUAACCAGAAAUUCAUGUUUUAUUAUCAAGUAAGUUCAACCCUGGUAGUUAGCAAUCUUUCUCCAUGGCUUAAAAAGGGAAUUGUGAUGUGCUUAAAUUACUGUAUACUCAUUUAACUGUGAUCUAACCUUCUGCAUCCCCACCUACGCUGUUCAUAAAGGGAUUUUAACCUUAACAUGGCAACUUUUUUAAAUUCUGUUAGCAAUGCAUCAUAAUUAUAAUUUCUAUAUUUAGUACAUACUUAGGCACAGACAUGUUUAUGGAAGCCCAAUACUGCAUUUAGAAUGUUUGCAGUUAAUUGUUUGAUUUUCAUGGGAACACUCAUUUAUUGAAAGAACUCCCAGGCACCAAAAUUAUUUUAAAAAAUGUGAAUGCAUUUGCAAAACUUGAAAUGUGAGUUUUGACUUGUGUGUUUCAAAGUUACAAUGAGAAAAUACAAACACCCUAAGGCACUUUUCAAAAAAGGAGCAAAUUAGGAUAUACUGUAGAUUUGCUUUAUAAGUAGUCUUUUACAAAUAAAUGUAACAUCAUUUUUAGUUUACAAAAAAGAGGUUAUUCACUAAACACUAAACAUGGACAACAUGUCAACAUUGUAUUGCUAACAGUAUUUCAUUACAGAAAAAAAAACACACAAAAUAGAGAGAGUCCCUUUUUAGGCUGCCUGCCUUUAUUUGUGUAUAUUUAUUUAUCUUCUGUUUUGUAUCCUGUACAAAAUAAAGAAUGUUUACUCAAAAAACACCCUGCUGAAAUAAAAAAAGAAACUGUACUAUUACUCCUUUUUUUACUUAGGCAUAUAAAAUAAUAAAACCAGAAGGAAACACAAAAUCUAUAGUGCAGUAUUUUAAAAACACCAACAUUAUUGCAAGUAUGGUAUAUAUUUUACUUACAAAGAUAUAAAUAAAGCAAACCCAUCAACCCACAACGAGUUUGUUCGUUGAUUGAUUCUACUCUUCAGAUGAACAUCGGCGAAUUCAAUUUUAAAUGGUGUUUCACUAUGUUUGUUUGCAUAAAAACUACCACAACAAGGGUUAUUUCUUAAACUAAGAAUUAUUACGAAUUAGAUGAGAAUUCAAAGUGAAUUUAAAAUGUAAAGCUAAAAAUGCCAAACUGGAAAAAUUCACUUGGGUCAGAUAUGCAUUUAUUUUAGCUACUGGAGCUCACAGUCUGGCCUAACACUCUGACAGCUGCAAACCAACGAUCUAGGUAAACUAAACUAAUUUGGUACUAUACCUAUAUGAAGGAAGGAGGAAAAUACCUAUACUGGCUGUUUGUGCCUUCGAGGGCACCUUCAGUCUACACUCCUCCCAUCCUGAAAUAAAGUGGGCAGUAGUCUUUAAAGGUACCUUCAGGAGGGGAGGAGCGUAGACAGGAGGUGCCAACUAAGGCACAAGUGGCCAGUAUAGAUAUUUUCCCCCUUCCCUCAUAUAGGUAUAGUACCAAAUUAGUUUAGUUUACUUAGAUCAGGCUUCCCCAAGCUCUGGCCCUCCAGAUGUUGCUGAACUACAACUCCCAUGAUUCUAUGAAUGAAAUAAAUAGGCUGAGAAUCAUGGGAGUUGUAGUUCAGCAACAUCUGGAGGGCCGGAGUUUGGGGAAGCCUGUUGGUUUGCAGCUGUCAGAGUGUUAGGCCAGACAGUGAGCUCCAGUCUGUACCAUGCUACUCUUGCUAAUUAAUGAAGUGAAACUUUCCUUCACCUUAUCACUGCUCUGUUUCUUUUCAUUGCUACUUGGUUUAUUCCAUUAUACAGACAGUGUAUAUCACAUUGCAGCAACCUUAAGGAGAUUUUAUAUUAUGUUGUUGGUUCUGUAUGUAUAUAAUUUUUAGUUUUUUGCUUGUAUAUACUUACUUAGCUUUUAUCUAUACCAAUAAAAGUUGAGUGUUAUUUACUCUUGGGAUGUUAUUAGCAAAUAUUUAGGCCCUAGCAAUAACUGAUAGAAUCUGCACAUUGACCAAACAGAUGAUAAAUACUGAAUCUUGCCUGGAAACAGGCAGUCUGCAAAAUAGUCACCUGAGUUUUGUGUGCAUAUCUAUAAAAAUUAGUACUAACUACAUACUGGCAGUGCUAACAGGAGUACUAAUAAAAUGAGAAUAUCACUAAUCCCCUCUACUGCUGCUCAGGGGGGUUUAAAAAUAGACUUACUAUUGCUGCCCAACCCUAUUAACAGUGGAGUGAAGCCUUUAGUAGUUCCAAGAGAGACUUCCCACUUAUUCCCCCUUGCUUCUACCUAUUAGCUGAGGCUAGACGGGGAAAAAAAAGGAUUAUUGAGGGGGACCCACCACUGGUCUCACAUAGCCCCCAUCUAUUGGUAUUGGGUCAUUGCCAGAUUAUAGGAACACUCUGGGCACCAUAAAAACUUAAUCUCCACAGUCCUCUUGACAGUGCUUAUCCGCUUUCCCCCUAUCUCCAAUUUGGCUUUCAUAUGAGCACUGUUACUAGACGAAGCAUGUCAACUGAUGCCCUCAGCAUGUCAACUGGCUUCCCAUUGAGAGAAAUGCGUCAGAAAGUUACAUUUGAAAGUGAAGUUUUUAUGGUGUCCAGAGUAGCCUUUUAAAGCAACAUUGUCCCCAAGAAAGGAUUUUUAUAUUUCAUAAAGAUAAAAAUAUCUGUGGUAUAAGCCAUUAUAUCGUUGAUAACCAGAUAAUAUCUAUGGAGGCUCCCACAGUCUCUGUAUGAGACUGUGGGAGCCUCCAUAGAUAUUAUCUGGUUAUCAACGAUAUAAUGGCUUAUACCCUAGACUUCUAUGGAGCACUAACAGCAUCUACAAAGAUUUAAAAAAAAUAUAUAUUAUUUUACGCACACAGUUAUUUACUGAAAUCUGAAUGGCCUGUACUUAAUGGGGUUAAUCCAUUUGGUUCCAUAUGGGGUCAUUUGGACUGAAAAUUCAAGAUUUUGUUCAUAGUUAUAAACAAUACUAUGAGCAAAGUAGAGCCACUAGCAGGCAAAUAGUUAAACAAACACCUUCAAUUUGCAAGGGGUAAGUUAAGUGGCAGCUGGCCAACAGUUGCUAACUUGCUGCCAUAAGAAAUGUAAAGUUAAAAUAAAAUAAAGAAAAGGGUCAAUAUGACUCAUGUGAUAUAGGAUGAAAAUCAAAACUAGUGAAUGGACAGCUAUUGUUGCUAACUAACUCACAAAUAAGGCCCAAUCCUACUAAAUUACCCUUCCUAUGUGCAUCAGGUGAGACCAAAUUUUAAUAAUGCGAGUAGACAUGUCACUGUCUACCACUGCCCCCACCAUUGACCAGCAACUGCGGGUUCAAACAAUCAUGCAUGGGGGGACAUACCAGUUCCCACCCCUCUCCCCCCCCAAAACCUCCCAAUAGGUGGAAGGUGAGAGCUUUUAAUAUGUAAAUGGUAGCGUAGGAGAGGUGAUAGCAUUAGGGAGCAGCACCUUGGAGAAUUGUUCAAAAUCAAGAUGGUAUGUGGAAGAAGAGAAAAAGGAAAAAUAUAUAGUGUAGUAUAUUAAAACUUCAAGUAGAGGAUUAAAAAAGGAAAUACACUUACAGUGUUGUAAGAUAACUCUUAGCUUCAAUUGUAGCGCUUGAGCAGUAUAAUCCCCACCUGUGGAUGCAAGUUGUUGUUUUUUUUCUUUUUCCUGGUCCAGUAUAGUGAAGAUAGCCAACACAGAUAAGCAACACCAAAAAAACCUGAAAAAUACAAAACAGAUAAACACCAGGAUAGUGUAGUAUGUAAACAAUGUUUUCAAAAAAUUAGAAAAUAGAUAUUAUAAAAAUGAACAGUUACAUUUAUUGUAGCCUCCAGGUGGCUCCAUAUGUAGCACUAGGAGUGGAAUAAUCCACACUCUGGGAUAUAUGUGCAUACAUCUCUCUCUGAUGUAGGUAGAUAAAAUCUUCACCGCAAAUAUAAAAACAAGAAAUAAAAUAUAGUGCACACUGUAGAAUAAAGCCAAAAGAAAAAGUACUCACAUUAGUAAGAGCAAACAAUAGUUUUGCCCAACCCAAAAUGCUUAGGUUGUAUAUUGAAAGAAGAUGUUCCACAAGCAAGGAAAUCAGGAAGGUCCAGAAAAUAUGAAGUAAUGUAAAGUUUACUAAAGGUAAAGUUGCAGCACUGAUAUAAAAACAAUAAAGUAAAAUAGCAAUAUAGUACACAAAUGCAUUUCACCCCGGACCUGAACACGGACAUAUCACUGUAUGUUCGGGUUGGAGUUCGGUGUUUGGCCAUUUAAUGGCGCAUUUUCAAAGGCUGCAGGGCAGCCAAUCAACAAGCAUUUGACUUGUUUGCCCUUAGAAGCCAUAGCCAUGCCUACUAAUGACAUGGCUGUGAUUGGCCAGUGCAGCAUGUGACCCAGCUUCUAUAUAUAAGCUGGAGUCGCAUAGCACCGCACGCACAUGCGGUCUUAUUAGUGUAGGGAGAGGAUGCUGCCGCUGAUAGGGACAGCUUAGGAAAGAAUUCUGCAAACUAGUACAUUAGUUGGGUGGGGUGCACUUCAUAUCUGAGAGUCAAAUAGAAGCUUCAAAUACCGCGGUUACAUUGGAGCUUUAAAAAGUAUAUUUUAUUUGGUGCUAAAUAGCACAUUAGUGGGGUAGUACAUUAGUGGGGUGCCCUUCAUAUCUGAGAGUCAAAUAGAAUUGUCAAAUACUGCUGUCACAUUGCAGUUUUAAAACUUAAAUUUUUUUGGGUCCUAAACUGCUAAGUAGUAUUUUAGUAGGGUGCACUUCAUAUAUGAGAGUCAAAUAGAAGUGUCUAAUAGUGCGCUUACAGGGCAGUGGUAAACAUUUUUAUUUUCUGGGUGUUAAUCUGCUAAAUAGUACAUUUUGUGGCCUGCUCUUCAUAUCUGAGAGUCAAAUAGAAGCGUCUAACAUUGUGCUUACUGUGCAGUUGUAAACAUUCUAAUUGUUUUGCUGCUAAUCUGCUGCUUUGGAGGAGUUGGUGGAAGAUGAUGUGUGCUAAUCUGCUAAAUAGUACAUUUUGUGGCCUGCUCUUCAUAUCUGAGAGUCAAAUCGAAGCGUCUAAUAGUGCGCUUACUGUGCAGUUGUAAACAUUCUAAUUGUUUUGCUGCUAAUCUGCUGCUUUGGAGGAGUUGGUGGAAGAUGAUGUGUGCUAAUCUGCUAAAUAGUACAUUUUGUGGCCUGCUCUUCAUAUCUGAGAGUCAAAUCGAAGCGUCUAAUAGUGCGCUUACAGCGCAGUGGUAAACAUUCUUAUUUUCUAGACAUGUGCAAUUCGUUUCGGUCCGAAUUAAAAUUAGGCCUAAUUUCUGGUAAUUCAGACAUUCGGGUGCUUCCGAAUGUCCGAAUAGCUGAAUUGCCGAAGUGCCGAAAUGACCUAAUUUCCUUAGUGUAGUAGUGCUGAAGUGCUGUGUAAUUUGACUCAGAACUCUCUGAUUGGUUACUUAAUCCACCAAUCAGAGAGUUGUGAGUCAAAUUACACAGUGUGGGAAAAUUCCAAAGAACUUUCCUACGCUGUGUAAAUAGACACAGAGCACUCUGAUUGGUGGAUUUCAAACCAACCAAUCAGAGUGCUGUGACAGGUAAAUGUAGAGACUUACCUGUCAGUCUCUUCAUUUACCUGUCAGAACACUCUGAUUGGAUGGCUUAAACCCACCAAUCAGAGUGCUCUGAGCCUAAUUGCAGGGCGGGGCAAGGCUUUAUAAACCUUCCCCCGCCCUGCAGAGCUCAGUCUGCGUGGAGCCCUCGCCGGGUGAAGAUGGAUUUUUUUUUUUUGCGGUCGUUUUUUUUUUUUUGUUGUUUUUUUAUUGUGUCGGUGCCGAUGUUCCGAAGUGCCGAAGUAUCGAAGUCCCCAAUUGACGAAGUCCCGAAUUUCGGAAUGCCGAACCGAGCCGAAUAUUUUCCCCAUGCACAUUCCUAUUAUUUUCUGGGUGUUAAUCUGCUAAACAGUACAUUUUGUGGCCAGCUCUUCAUAUAGUAGAGUCAAAUAGAAGCGUCUAAUAGUGCACUUACAGCGCACUUGUAAACAUUCUAAUUGUUUUGGUGCUAAACAGUAAAUUUUGGGGUGUGCACUUCAUAUCUGAAAGUCAAAUAGAAGUGUCUAAUACUGCGGUUACAGCGCAGUUGGAAACAUUCUAAUUGUUUUGUUGCUAAUCUGCUAAAUAGUACAUUUUGGGGCCUGCGGUGCACUUCAUAUGUGAGCAUAAAAUAGAAGCGUCAAAUACUACUGUCACAUUGCAGUUUUAAAACUUACAUUUUUUGGGUGCUAAACUGCUAAAUAGUAUUUUAGUGGGGUGCACUUCAUAUCUGAGAGUCAAAUAGAAGUAUCUAAUAGUGUGCUUACAGCGCACCUGAAAAAUUCAAAUUUUCUGGGUGCUAAUAUGCUAAAUAGUUCAUACCUACAAGUCAUGCUACAACAAAAUUAAACAAGUUUUAAAAUAUGUAUGGGCCAACCAGUGGCUGUAAACAACAAUGUUUUACUGGUUACAUUCACGACUACACACUCUAGUGAACAGGACCUUCAUGUAGUGUGUUCUUUUUUUUAAAAAAUCAUACAGCAUCCUGUCAUGUGCUUUUCAGAUGUCAUAUUGUGAAUUACCAAUUUUUGUGUAGCUUGAUUUUUUUUUUUAAGUGAAAAAUAAGUGUUAUUGUGAUCGCUUCAUAUACAGAAGCAUUAAUAUACAUUUCUAUAUUGUGUAAAGACACAACUAUAAAGUUAAAAACCAAACACCAAAACAACGUGCCAGACAAUCUACCUGUGCAUGGCUAGUGUGAUACAAUAAGUCUAUAUCUUAAAAAUGCAAUAACCCACAGAAGAUGGGCGAGAAUUUUUUUUGCAAAUGGAACUUUGAUUCAAAUUUAGUACAUCAGUCACUUGUAAUAUUGUUUCACACCUACACACUUGUUACACAGAUCUAAUUGAUAGAAAACAGAUUGAUAUUUUCUACACUAGAAACUACCAGAUAACCAGCUGCUAUAUUUAAACCAGUGAUCAAUAGCUAAGAGGUACUUCAACAAUAUUGUAAUUCUGGGGCAAUACCCUCACAAGUCAAACUGAGAGGUCAGUUUAUAUGGAAAAAUGUUGUCUGGAGGAAAUUCUAAAACAAUUUCCAUAUGUCCUUUGCAGACUUUACAUGCUGGAAAAACACAGGUGCCUAGGAUGAUGAGGUCCUAGACCUUACAUGGAAUCAAGGUCAUGCGAGUGAAGUGUGCGGUUUGGAGGAAGAGGCGCUGGUCGCACAGAGGCUCCAGCACAGCAUAAGAGGGAGCAGGGUGCAAAAGCAGAGCGGCCGUCCCCUACCGCUCGUCGGCAUGUAUUAGCUUGAGAAUUACCAGUUAUCCAAGUAAUACAUGUAGCGAUCAAAGGAUCCAUAAUAGAGUUGAGCGAACCCGAACUGCAAAGUUCGGGUUCGUACCAGAUUUAACGAUCCAUUCGUAGUUUCACAGUGAGGUGGACAGUCCGGUGACCAGGACCCAGACACUGCCUGGGCGGCGGUCGGACGACCGGGACCCAGAAUGCCUGAUGUUGAAGUUAGGAGUCACAGUGUGGAAUGGAUUAGUAGGGUCUGGUGCAGGGUAACCGCACACCCCCUGGUGUUGAGCACCAGCGUUUGUGCGGCCACAUACAAGGACCCUGAUGCAGCUUCAGUAAAAAGAGUACUUGAUACCAGAAGCCAUCACCAGACUGAUCCACAACUUGGAACAGGAUGUAACUUUCACUAUAGCGGCUGUGCGCGCUUUUGGCAUUGUCACCCUGCAGCUGCUUGCCUGUCUGCGCUGCAGCAUAACUUCGCCCUUCCCGCUCACCGCCUCAUGAGACUGUGCGAGCAGCAGCAGGCGAUAGUGGAGUUUCAGCUGCAGCACGCACGGGUCAGUGGCUCUGCACCAGACUUCCCUCCAAUUGAUCAGAGUUAAAGGAUUUCAAGUUGACUCAUUACAAUUACAGGGCCUCUAAAGAGUCCUGUAUUAUUUGUCGUCACUACCUUCCCACGUCGGGAGUGGGUAAUUUGCGUGCUUGCUGCCUUCCUUGCAUGCGGUAGCCAUUUCUCAGGGUCCCUGUAUGGAAUGGAACCCUGAUUCCCUGUUACCGGUGGUCACCACAGUAGGCGCAGAAACUGGCAUCAAAAGUUGAUAUGGAUGACAUCCGCAUGCAACCUUGUGCAAAGCGCCAUGGGGAUGUGCGAUUUGCACGAGGUUGUCUAGAGUCAACAAAGUUCCUGCGCAACUAUAAUGUCAACAGCUACUCUGUGGAACUGAGUUGUCUUUUUUUUAUAUGUCCCAAUAUUUUGGGGGCUAACCCAAUAAAAAAAAAAUAUAUAUAUAUAUAUAUAUAUAUAUAUAUAUAUAUAUAUAUAUAUAUAUAAAAACAGUGUUGGCUACCUCAUCCUCCUCCUCCACCGCCACGGUCACCACCUCCUCAACCUAUGGGUCACUUAGUAUAAACCUGGCCGCAAAUGUUUCUUUUGUUGUAUGUCCCAAUAUUUUGGGGGCUACCACAAUUACAAAAAAAAAAAAACAGUGUUGGCUACCUCAUCCUCCUCCUCCACCUACACCGCCACAGUCACCGCCUCCUCAACCUAUGGGUCACUUAGUAUAAACUAAGUACACAUUAGCAAGAGGCUUGUGAAGGCAUUUUCUCCAUGCAUCAGGAGUUGAGCAUAUCUCCAUGCAUCAGGACUGCAAGAAAUGCAACGCAAGCCGCAAAUGUUUCUUUUUUUGUAUGUCCCAAUAUUUUGUGUGCUACCACAACUACAAAAAACAAAACAUAAAUAAGAGUGUUGGCUACCUCAUCCUCCUCCUCCACCGCCAAGGUCACUGCCUCCUCAACCUAUGGGUCACUUAGUAUAAACUAGGUACACAUUAGCAGAGGCUUGUGAAGGCCUUUUCUACAUGCAUCAGGAGUUGAGCAUUUCUCCAUGCAUCAGGACUGCAAGAAAUGCACCACAGGCCGCAAAUGUUUAUUUUGUUGUAUGUCCCAAUAUUUUGUGGGCUACCACAAUUACAAAAAAAAACAAAAAAAAACAAAAAAAAACAGUGUUGGCUACCUUAUCCUCCUCCUCCACUGCUGCUUCCACCUACACCGCCACGGUCACCGCCUCCUCAACCUAUGGGUCACUUAGUAUAAACUAUGUACACAAUAGCAGAUGCUUGUGAAGGCCUUUUCUCAAUGCAUCAGGAGUUGAGCUCAGUUUGAACAAUGAAAGAGAAUACCCUGCACUCCAACCCUCUCUCAAAUGGAUAAUUCUGGUGAUCCUCCUGACAGCCAUGCUUUAGAUUUUGAUUUAUGUUCUUCCAAAUCUAAAAUCAAAGAUUCCAUCUAGUGCUAUUUUAUUGCUCAGCUGUAUUUUUAAUUUUUAUGUUAUUUUAAGUGAUUUCCCUAUCCACAUUUGUUUGCAGGGAACUUGUCCUCCUCUUACCCCCAUUUUACUUGCUUUUGCAACUUUCUAGCUCUUUCCAGGAGUUUUUUAGAGGCAUUUUUGUGGCCAAAAGUUCGGGUCCUCAUUGACUUCAUUGGGGUUCAGGUUUGGGGUCAAGUUAGAGUCCAAACCUGGACUUUUUUUCAAAGUUCGGCCGAAGCCUCUGGAUCCGAACAUCCACGUGUCGGCUCAACUCUACAUUUCACCUAAGGUGUAGGCUUCUUCAAUACACUUGAAGUCACUCAACAGAGACGUUACUCUGUUGAAUCGAACUGAUGUGCUAUCAAUGAAGCAAAGUUGGAAGAUGGGUGUGCCAGUCUGUGAGUAAGCCAUCAGAGGCUUUCCCAAAGAGAGGUAAUGUUAAUAGGAAAAUUCACGACCUGAAAUGGCUUUAUGGGAUAAUGGUGGUGCUGAAAUGGUUGAAGAGGAGGUAAGUAUCCUAAAAUAUGGAUGAAGCUACAUUAGGACACAUGGAAAAAGACACUAAUAUUAAAAGUAGACAACAUGUUCACUGAAAUUUUGAAAUUCACUUUAAAUUCUCAGUUUAGUAGCUGACAAUGAGAAUCUAACAUUAUAUGCAUUUUAUAUGUGUAUUUUUAUUCCAGGUUACAACCACGCAGCGUGACAGAUGCCCUGUCUAUGAUAUUUGCAAUAGAACAGAUAAAUAAUUCCACCUUUUUGCCAGGAAUAACUUUGGGCUAUGAAAUUUACGACUCCUGCUCUGAUGCACUGAUGGCAACUCAAGCAAUGCUGCAAUUACUUCCAGAAGCCAUGAGCACAAACAAUUCCAAAGAGUGCAAGGCUACAGAGACUGUGCCUUCUGUGAAAGCUGUGGUUGGAGAAGAAUAUUCUGAAAUAUCUAUUGCAAUUGCAAGAUUUCUAAGCCUUCACUUUAUUCCUCAGGUAAAACAUCACCAUUUAUUGCAGGUUAUACAAUCAGUUCAAGUUUUAUAAUAAUAUCUAAGGAAGUAAAAUCACAAAAAAAAUUAUGGAACUAUAAUAAAUAAUUAUGUAUACAUUUUGGUCACCACAGUAGUACCAUUCCUGCUAAAUGCCUUUAGUGCUUUUUUAUCUUAACUAUGUAAGUUAAUUCUCUAUGGAAAUUAUUUGAACGUUUGUGGGAUAAUAUUCAGAAAUACUCAGAGCUGGGUUACUCAUAAAGCGGCAUAGAUGGAGCUCUAUCUCUGAUGGAGCUCCCUGGAGGAGUCUCCCUUCUUGAGACUCCUCCACACAGAAAAGUCAGCCACCACACACCACACUCAACCAGCACACACAGACACACUCAGCCUAACCUCCAAGUGCAGCUUACAGCUUCCUCCAAACCUAAUACUCUAGGAGGGGGUUCUACUCUGGCAUUCUGCUAGGGCCACGGGUUAAUUAAUCUGGAUAUAGAAAUAUUGUUUGGCCCGUAGUGCUAUCAGGAGUGAAAGUAUAAUUUUCUGAAGGAAAAAUCAUGACCUAUGAAAUUAUUUGACAUUAUAGGAAGAAGUGAAUAGACGUACAGAUCAUGUUGUUGGAAUGGAUAUGAUCUACUUGGAUUUUGCUAGAUCGUAAUAUAUAAUGCUGUACUUAUAAAUUCCACCGGAAUGUUUAUUUUCACAUUAUAUUAAAAUAAUAUACGAUUUUGAACAAAGGGCAGAACUUUUAUAAAAAUGUUUUUACUUCAAACUGCCAAAUGGGAGAAAUCUGACUACUAAUCCAAUUUAGUCAAUUGCCGCUGCUUAACCCCUUAAGGACACACAUUUAAUGCACCAACACAUAUUAUAUACCAUUUUUUAAAAGACAAGAAGGGCUUUAAUUUGUUGUAACAUAUACAUAUAUAAAUGCUCAUUUAUUGUAAAAAAAAAUGCAAAAAAGGAAAAAUAUUUUUUUAAGUUAAGUUUUUUAACAGUUUUUUUUACAGUUUUUGCAAUAAUAAUGUGAUAAUAAUUAGUGCAGGUUAAGGAAAGUAAUUAAAAAUAAAUUAAUUGAGUUGUUCUGAUUUUUAGAAUAUAAUGUGUCUAGGAUUUUAAUGUAGUAACUGAAUCUCUAAAGAAAUAUGUGGUGACGUUAAGCUCUUUAUCACUUUGGAACUUUAAAUACUUUUGUUAGACAAGUCCGUUGACAAAAUAAAUGUAUGCUAAAAUUCCUAAAAGUUAAUUAAACAUUCCUCUGGUUGUACAUAUUAUUUCAAAAACAGAAAAAAGAGAACAUUUCUGCCAAAUACUGCCAAACCAUAAUUAGAUACUUUUUACAAACACUCUCAUGAGAGAGAGCCUGCAGCCUUAUACAGAUAUGUAGAGUUCAUAUGCAUAACUAACCAAAACAUUCACACCUACAGUAGUUCUAGUUUGCAAUGUUAAAGGGACACUAUAGUCACCUGAACAACUUUAGCUUAAUGAGGUUGUUCAGGUGAGUACUAUAGCUCCCUGGAGCCUUUCACUCAGACUGCCACCAGAGGGACGUCCGAGUUGAUGGAGGCUUAAAACGCCUCCAUCCACUCAGAUCUGCUGUCAGCAGACAGGGUAGCUCUGUGCAGCUCUGUGCACGAGCAUCCUGUCUGCAGGCUGUCAGCCUGUCAGCACCGAAGGAUUGUGGGAGAUCCGCACACAGAGUCGGCGGGAGCUGACAGGCUGAAGACCGGAAACUGAGCAGGAGGGGAGGAUUCAAACUGUAAGUAAACUUAUUUAGUGAGUGUGGGUGAUUGAGUGUGAGUGUGGGUGGGUGACUUAGGGUGAGUGGGUGACUGAGUGUGGGUGGGUGACUAAGUGUGGGUGACUGAGUGAGAAUGAGAGUGUGGGUGACUGAGUGAGAGUGUGGGUGACUGAGUGUGAGUGGGUGGGUGAGUGAGUGGGGGUGACUGACUGAGUGUGAGUGUGGGUGACUGAGGGUGAGUGGGUGACUGAGUGUGGGUGAGUGACCGAGUGUGGGUGAGUGAGUGAGUGUGGGUGAGAGUGAUUGUGAGUGUGGGUUGGUGAGUGAGUGAUUGGGUGGGUGGAUGGCUGAGUGUGGAUUGGUGGGUGAAUGAGUGAUUGUGAGUGUGGGCGGGUGACUGAGUGUGGGUCAUUGACUGAGUGUGUGUGAGUGAGUGUGGGUGACUGAGUGAGAGUGUGGGUGACUGAGGGUGAGUGACUGAGGGUGAGUGAGUGUGGGUGGGUUGGUGAGUGAGUGUGGGUGGGUGACUGAGUGUGGGUGAGUGAGUGAUUCUGAGUGUGGGUAAGUGCCGGAGUGUGGGUUGGUGAGUGAGUGAUUGUGAGUGUGGGUGGAUGGCUGAGUGUGGGUGGGCAGAUAGCUGAGUGUGGGUGGGUGGGUGACUGAAUGACUGAGUGUGGGUAAGUGAGUGAUUCUGAGUGUGGUUUAGUGGCUGAGUGACUGAGUGUGAGUGAGUGAGUGAGUGAGUGAGUGUGGGUGAGUGAGUGACUGACUGAGUGUGGUUGGGUGAGUGAUUCUGAGUGUGGGUUAGUGGCUGAGUGUGGGUUGGUGAGUGAGUGUGGGUUGAUGUGUGAGUGAGUGAUUGUGAGUGUGGGCUGGUGACCGAGUGUGGGUGGUUGAGUGAGUGAUUGUGAUUGUGGGCAGAUGGUUGAGUGUGGGUUGUUGAGUGAGUGAUUGUGUGGGUGGGUGAGUGAGUGAUUGUGAGGGUGGGUGAGUGAGUGUGGGUGAGUGACUAAGUGUGGGUUAGUGAGUAAGUGAUUGUGAGUGUUUGCAGGUGGCUGAGUGUGGGUGGCUGAGUGGGAGAGUGUAGGAGGGAAAUUGUGGGAGGGAAAGUGUGGGAGGGAAAGUGUGGGAGGGAAAGUGUGGGAGGGAAAGUGUGGGAGGGAGAGUGUGGGAGGGAGAGUGUGGGAGGUAGAGAGAGAAAUAGAUAGAGAUAGAUAAAGAGAGAUAGAUAGAUAAAGAGAGAUAGAUAGAUAAAGAGAGAUAGAUAGAUAAAGAGAGAUAGAGAUAGAAAUAGAUGGAUAAAUAGACUGAUAAAAUAGAUAGAAAUAGAUAAAAAUCGAUAAAUAGAAAUAGAUAGAGAUAGAUAGCUAUAUAGAAAUAGAUAGAGAUAGAUAGAUAGAUACAGUGGCGUACACACAACCCAUGGGGCCCCGGAGCGAAAACUGAUCUGUGGGCCCACCCACCUGCGCGCUUACUCUGCGCAACACAUGGCGGCAGGCACCUGGUCGCAGGUGUCGCAGGGCUGCGACCCCUGCGACCGCGGUAUGUACACCAGUGCAUGCAGAUACACAUACACUUAAAGGACCACUACAGACACCCAGAUCACAUCAGCGCAAUGAAGUGGCAAUGAAGUGGUCUGGGUGCCAGGUCCCUCUAGUUUUAACCCUGCAGCUGAAAACAUACUGCUAUGUUUCACUGAGGGUUAAUCCAGCCUCUAGCGGCCGUCUCAUUGACAGCCGCUAGAGGAGCUUCAGCGAUUCUCACUGUGAAAAUCACAGCAGAUCGGGGCGGAGAGAUCCACAGCGCCAAGGGAGUCCGGCACUGGAGAAAGGUAAGUGCUUAUGACACACACAGUCUCACGAACAGACGCAUACACACUAGCUAACAAACACACACAUUUAUUGACAGACACACACUCAGUGACAGACAUACAUACACACUCACUGACAGACAGUGACACACUCACUUACAAAACACACACUCACUAACAGAUGCACACAAACUAACACACUCAGUAACAGACACACACAGUAAAACACUCACUGACACACUCUAACAAUAACAUACACUCUAACACACACACACAUACUCUAACACACACACUCUAACACACACACACACGCACUAACACACACACACUUACACUAACACACUCUAACACUAACACACACACUAACACACACACUCUAACACUAACAUACACACACACUCUAACACUAACACACUCUAACACACACACACACGUUUUAAAAAAAAUAAAAUAAUAAUCCCCCCAGCCUCCCUACCUGUGGGAGUGCUGAGAGGAUUCCCUGGGGUCUAGUGGUGUCACCCGGCAGGCAGGCUGGCAGGCGCACGAGGGAGCACUCUCCCCUGAGUGCUCCCUCUUCAGCUCCCUCUCGCGCUGCGUACUGAUACCGGAGCCAGAAGAUUACGUCAUCUUCAGGCUUCGGUUUCAGUGUGGUGCGCGAGAGAGCUGAAGAGGAAGCACUCAGGGGAGAGUGCUCCCUCACGUGCCCGCCAGCUUGCCCGCCGGGUGACACCAGGGCCAGCCUCGGGGGACCCUGAGGUGGCCAGCCCCUGGGCCCCCCAGGAGAAGAGGCCACAGUGGGUACAUACCCGGUCGCAGGUGGGCCGGGCCGGGUCACAGCCGCGACCCCUGUGACCCCGGUAUGUACGCCACUGGAUGGAUAGAUAGAUAGAGAGAUAGAUAGAUAGAUAGAAAUAGAUAGAUAGAAAUAGAUAUAGAUAUAGGUAGAAAGAGAUAGAUAGAUAUAGAUACAUAGAUAGAUAGAUAUAGAUAGAUAUAGAUAGAUAUAGAUAGAAAUAGAUAGAUAGUAAAAGAUAGAGAUAGAUGGAGUGUGUGUAUGUUUUUAACAAUAUUUAUUUAAAUUGUGUGUGGUUUUAUACAAACACUAUAUAUAGAGAUCUCUCUAUAUGUAGUGUCUGUAUACUUACUUUGGGUUAGGAGGGUUGUCGUAGGAGAGAUGGAUUUGAUGGGCCUACGUUUCAAUUUAGGGUAUUAUAGCAUUUUGACCCACAAAGGCCUACCAUUUGUAAAAGUAGACACUCCAGGGUAUCUCAUUGGGUGCAUAUUGUGCCUUAACAUGCCCCCAUUUUUUCACCAAUUUAUGUAAAAGUAUGUUGUAAAAAAAUUUGGGGCAUUUGUUGCAUACAGAUUAAAUUUUUGCUGGCAUUUUGUAUAUUUGAUAUGUGCCACUAUGAUCAAAGCCCCCAAAUUAUGCUCAGCUAAGUCUUCUGAGUAAAAUGAUACCCCAAUGAAUGUCUUAGGCACUAUUUUGUGAAACUACAGUGCGAUAUAGGAGACCUGUCCAUUUUGGUAUUAACAGUAGAAUUUUGAGACGGAUUUGAUGGGCCCAUGUUUCAAUUUGAGGCAUUAUAUCAGUUUGACUGUUAAAAACCCACAAAGGCUACCAUUUCUUAAAGUAGACACCCCAGGGUAUUUCAAAAAGUCAUAUUUUAAACCUAAGAAACAUAGAAUGUGACGGCAGAUAAGAACCAUUCGGCCCAUCUAGUCUACCCAAUUUUCUAAAAUACUUUAGUCUCUUAUAUCUAAGAUAGCCUUAUGCCUAUCCCAUGCAUGCUUAAACUCCUUCACUGUAUUAACCUCUACCACUUCAGCUGGAAGGCUAUUCCAUGCAUCCACUACCCUCUCAGUAAAGUAAUACUUCCUGAUAUAAUUUUUAAACCUUUGCCCCUCUAAUUUCAGUCUAAGUCCUCUUGUUGUGAUAGUUUUUCUUCUUUUAAAUAUGGUCUCCUCAUUCACUGUGUUGAUUCCCUUUAUGUAUUGAAAUGUUUCUAUCAUAUCCCCCUCCCCCCCCCCAUCUCGUCUUUCCUCCAAGCUAUACAUGUUAAGAUCCUUUAACCUUUCCUGGUAAGUUUUAUCCUGCAAUCCAUGAACCAGUUUAGUAGCCCUUCUCUGAACUCUCUCUAAAGUAUCAAUAUCCUUCUGGAGAUACCGUCUCCAGUACUGUGUACAAUUCUCCAAGUGAGGUCUCACCAGUGUUCUGUACAAUGGCAUGAGCACUUCCCUCUUUCUGCUGCUAAUACCUCUCCCUAUGCAACCAAGCAUUCUGCUAGUUUGUACCAAGUCUAGUAGCAAUUAGAAUUUUUUCUGCCUUUUAUACACACACUUGGAGAUGUUACUGCAUAUUUUGCAAUCCUUUAAUGUGCUACGGCAGUAUAACACCUAACAUGUUGCUCAGCUAUGUCGCCUUAGUACAACAGUACCCCCAUUUGUAAAUUUUUUCAUGGAUAUGUGGAUGUUGAAGGGGCACAUUGAAGACCAAGCCAUAUCAGUUUUUACCGAACUUUGAAUUUUGACGCUGGGCCCAUGUGCAAUUUUCGAGCAUCUUAGCAGGUUUUUAAUUCAAACUACCCGACAAAGGUCUACCAUUUCUUAAAGCAGACACCCCAGGAUACUUCAAAAGGCAUAUUUUAAACCUUAGCGUAGGAUCAUUAUUUUUCUAGUUUGUACCAAGUCUAGUAGCAAUUAUCAUUUUUUCUGCCUUUUUGACACACACUUGGAGAUGUUACUGUAUAUUUUGCAAUUCUUAUGUGUGCUACGGCAGUAUAACAACUAAUAUGUUGCUCAGCUAUGUCGUCUUAGUACAACAAUACCCCCAUGUGUAAAUUUUUCAUAGAUAUGUGGAUGUUGAAGGGGCACAUUUGAGACACACCAAUUUCAUAUUUUUAAAAAGUGGAUGCUGGGCCAAUGUCUCAUUUUAGCAGCUCAUGAUUGCAAAUUACCUCUCAAAGGCCACAUCUAUGUUUAAAUAUAAGCAGCUCAUCAAUUCAAAUUAUGAACAAGUGCAUACUAUUUGCUGUGAAAUGGGGGAAUAUUUUGUGUAAACUUAUCAGGGGGUAGUACCUAGUCAUCUCCGUCAUAGGCAACGGUGUUACGGGUUCAGGAACCAAAUCACAGACAGACCUCCUCUACAGUACCCUAUAUGGUAUUUUACAGCUGAAAGGUUCCAACUCUGAAAAGGGAUUGUAAUAACCCUUUAAGGACAGAGAAUUAAGCAGUGAGACUGCUCUGGCUUGUUCUACAAAUUCAAACUAUUUUAUUAAGCUAAAGUUGUUAAGUUCUUUAGAGUGUUUCUUUCACAUCUGUGUCUAAAAUCUUCUAAGUUUCUGGGAGUGACUCUUGCUAGUUAUUUACUGUGAAUUGCUAAUGAGAAUUCAAAGUGAAUUUGAAGUUAAUUUCUUUCUAAAAUAGCUGAACUGGAAAAAUUGUCUGAGUCAACUAUGCUUUCAGUUCAGCUGCUUUGGCCUUAAAUGUAAAAUUCACUUUAAAUUCUCACUCUAGUAAAUAACGCUGUCAGAGUGAUUCUACCAUUUCAUGGACUGCUUAAGAUCUUCCCAUAAGUAAUAUGCAAUUUAUAACACAGUUGUACAAUAAAAUCCAUGUAGUAAAAUGCUCUGUCCUCUUUCGAUUUAGAUAAGUCCUGCAUCCACAGCUGCAAUUCUUAGUGACAAAGUGAGGUUCCCUUCCUUUCUUCGCACUGUCCCAAAUGAUAAACACCAAACUGAAGCUAUGGUGAAACUGAUCAGAACAUUUUGGUGGAACUGGGUUGGUAUCAUAUCAAGUGAUGAUGAUUAUGGACGUUCUGCACUAGAUUUUUUAAAUAUUCUCUUCCCACAGCAUGGGAUAUGCCGCGCAUUCUCCAAAAUCGUUCCAUCGUAUGGAGAACAUCCUGAUUUGCCUAAUGUAAUAACAAGUAUAACAAAUGAACUUAGCACUAAUAAAGCAAAUAUUAUAAUAAUAAUUGCUAAAGGUCCCUUUGUUGUGAAACUUUUCAAAGAAGUCAUCAGACUGAAUAUUUCCAAAACAUGGAUUGCAAGUGAUGCCUGGUCAACUUCAAAAGAAGUUUCAAGCAUUAAAAACAUUGAAAAAAUUGGGACCAUACUUGGAUUCAACUUUAAGGAAAAUCGUGCUCCAGGAAUAACAGAAUAUCUACUGAAUCUCAAUCCCAGAGAACCUGAAGCAAGGAAUGAUUUUCUUAAAGAGUAUAAAGAAUUACGUUUUGGUUGUACAGAUGAGUACAGAAUAUACCUAGAAUGUAUUGAGUCAGCUUUGGAAAACUGUUCAAAUUCUGAGUCAAUAAAACAAAAAUCUCCUCUAGCAUGCAGGAUAGAAAAUAUUUAUUUAGCAAAUGAUGAUUACCUAUUGAACAAUACUGAAUGGGGCAAAUCACAUAGUACGUAUAUGGCAAUUGAAGCCAUAUCUAGUGCCCUGAAGAACUUAAUAUGCAAAGAUGGAACAUGUGAAAAGAAUCAGAGCUUAUCACCACAAGAGGUAAAAUAAAAAUGUUGUGUUAUUAUUAACAGGAAAUGUAAAUAUUGCUCAUAUUUUUUAAAAGAAUUAUAAAAUAAUUAUUUAUCACAAUUAGACUUUAAAAUGGUUGAUCGUAUUUCCAAAAGGUGUACCAUGUUAAAGUAAUUAGGCCAUUUUACCUUGCCGGUUUUUACUAUUACUUUAAUUCUACUUUCAUGUUAAUUAGCUUCUCUUUAGCCUACUUGUAUAUCAAUAUAGUUUACUAACAGCCAGGUUAUAUAUAGUUUGGCUCAUUAAUUAAGCAUCACAUUUUAAUGAGCUGAAGACCUAAUUGCAAAAUGUAGGCAAACAAUACCAGUGCAAGCUGAAGAUAUUUUUUUUUAGUAUUAUUUAACAUUUUCCCCUAAAUUAUAUUUACUGUAUUUUGGUAACUAGUGAAUAGAACUCUUUUAAUUAAAAGUAAAUUAAAAAAACAUAAGGCAUAUUUAGCAUUUCACCAAAAAAGAAAGAAAUGCACAUACCUCCCCAAAUUCAAGAUUUAGCCAGGAGCAAUAUGCAAACAUAUGUCCAAAAUACUAACACAUGCUGUUGAAGAGGAAAUGUUGGUUGUACAGAUGAGUUGAUAGAUAUGUUAUUUAUUCUUUAUUUAUAAAAUAUUUACCAGGAAGGAUACAUUGAGAUUUCUCUUGUUUUCAAGUAUGUCCUGGGUAUAUGAAUAGAACAUCAAAUUUGACAUGCCUUCCAAAUGUCCCUAUUCCGACGGGACAGUCCCGAUUUUCGGUUCCGGUCCCAUCAUCCUACUUUAGUCCCCUGGUGUCCCGCUUUUCGGGACACCAGAAGACUGUUCCCAACCAUCAUGGAAGAAAGCAUCAUUAAACACACUCACACUAUGUUCAGGACACUAAGCUCCUGAAGGGAUAACUGAAACAGCCCUCAGUGGGGUAGUUAAAGUGAUUUGGUGUUUAUUCUCUCACCGGCAUCUUGAUUCAUAGGAUUACGAAAUUGGGAGGUAUACUGUAGCAAACUCGCCCCUUUAAAGGAGUUUGCCAUGAGUUUUUGGAGGGGGCUGCUUGCCCGCCUCCUGCCCUGUAACUACGGCCCCUGGGAUGUAUUGCCGUUUAAGAAUAUAUUUGGGCAUAAGGGAUUUUUAUUAUGCGGCUACUGGCCCUUUAAGCACAGUGUAUGGACUUCUAUUAGACUGUGUAUAGAUUGUGUAUGGGAAGGUGUACCCUUCCCCGUUUCCUGUCCCAUUGUUCUUCAGCAGGGCGUUGUCCCAGGCACACUGCCAGACUAGUUGGAACUGGUUUGGGCUGGAAAGUUUGGGCUGGAAAUCCAUGCUUCAGUGGUCCUAAAGGGACCUCCACCUAACUUUUUAACCCCUGAACCGAUUGACCUAAUUUUUGAGUAUGUUUAUACUUCAAGUAUGUCUUAGGAAGAUUGGAUGCUUAUUUUUAAAGUUACAGCAUGUGUGUAAAAACUGUAUAUUUUCUGCCUGUGAUAAUAAAGUUAGUCUAUUGUGUUGAGAUAAUUGUAUCACAGGCAGAGGGGAAGAGAUGUGUGGGAGGUAACAUGUAUCUGAUUGGUGACUGUACUAAGUAUUGUGGGUGUCUCCCUUGCAGGGGGGGAAGAGGCAUAAAAGCAGGGUUUGUGGAAUAAAAGUUAAGUUCUGCUCGUAAAACUGAGUGUCGUCCAGUUAUUGGGAAAGGUGAUGGGAUAUUAUUGGAUUGUAUUGCUGAUUGUGCUUUCUACGCUGUUGGAUUAUUCUAUUACUGUGGAUGUUUCUCCUGGGGUUACUACUGUUCCUGAGCCACACCUGGACUACCAGCUGAAAUAGUGUGUGAGAGACCAGCGUUCCACUACAUAUACAUUUUUAUGUUACACAGGAAAGACACACAUUGUUCUUCAGGGAAAUAUAUGAAACUGCUUUUUAGGAAAAAAAAAACUAGAUCUCAAAAGAUAAUUAACAUUCUGACUGUGCCACAGAAGGAGUUGAGAAAGACAAGUUAUACGGUAUAGUAACAUCUUUCUCUUAUCAGUUGAACACAUUUGGAAAGGACCACUAUAUGCACCCAGAUAGAUAUAUAUAGGUGAUGGAAGUGCACUCAACCCCUUGUUGUGGAAUCCGGGGUGCUCCAAUGGACAGGUCCCAGUACCAAAAUGGACCAAAAUGUAGAAUUAUUAAACAAAGAAAGGAAUCCAGGCACUCCAACAAAUUCCCAAAUAUAGGCAAUUUUACUGGAACAAGGAACUACACAGCAACAUUUCGACCUCUUAGGGCCUGAGCUUGAUAAAGGCCCUAAAGGGUUGAAACGUUGCUGUGUAGUUCCUUGUUCCAAUAAAAUUGCCUAUAUUUGGGAAUUCGUUGGAGUGCCUGGAUUACUUUCUUUGUUUAAUAACACUAUAUGCACCCAGACCACUUCAGUUUAAUGAAGUGGUCUGGGUGCCAGGUCCAUCUAGGGUUAACCCUGCAGCUGUAAACAUAGCAGUUUUAGAGAAACUAUGUUUACAUUAGGGUUAAUCCAGCCUCUAGUGACUGUCUCAUUAACAGCCGUUAGAGGCGCUUCUGCGCUUCUCACUGUGAUUUUCACAGUGAGAAGACGCCAGCGUCCAUAGAAAAGCAUUGAGAAUGCUUUCCUAUGGACUGACUGAAUGCGCGAGCGGAUCUUGCCGCGCAUGCGCAUUUGGCAGAAGUUUGUUUUCCUGGCACUAUAGUGGUCCUUUAAGUAGAAAAAUACCCGACUUUGAUUGUUCCAAAUCGAAUAAUGUUAUCAGGAUAAAUUCAUAUAGUAACAGCAAAGUAGUCAAUGCACUCAAGGUCUUCAUACAUAAGCAGAUUUAUUGAAAAAUCAAGAUACAGCAACAUUUCGAUCCAUUCAGGGAUCUUUAUCAAGCUUAAAAGCUGCUGAUAUAUGGUGAGAUCGAGUGCCUGGACUACUUUGCUGUUACUAUAUGGAUUAGGGGUUUGCCAGCCCUAGGUACAGUGCACCGAGGUCUACAGGUGAUGAGAGUGCGGAUCCCUCCUUUUUCUGCUGUCAGGAUAAAUUCAGUGAUAUCAAUUGAUGUACAAAUUAAUCUUUUGCAGCUUUUAAAAGAAAUAAAGAACGGAACUUACUCAAGAAGUGGGGAGAUUUUCCGUUUUGAUUCAGUUGGCGAUGUCUUAAAUGGAUAUGAUGUGAUUAAUUGGCAAUAUUUGAACCACACUACCGAAUUUAAGAUUGUUGGAAAUUAUGAUAUAUCAGAUGGGAUAAUUACAUUGAAUAAAAGUAUUUUUAUGUGGAACACGGACACAGAUAUGGUAUGUAGAAAAAAAUUGCACGUGAAGUAUGCAUUAAUCUUUUACCGACGUAUAUUUUAAAAAAAGAAUCAGUGUUGUUAUUUUGCAAUGGCGCUAAUAGAACUCUUUUACAUUUCCAUGUUUACUAUUUUUAAAUUGCUACAGUAGCGGAAUUUAUUUACAUUUUUAUUCUACUUUUGCUUUUCAGUUAAAAGACCACUACACACCUGAAAAGCAAAGUGCUUUAUGGGUGAGGAGUAGUCUAGUUUAACUCCAGUUUAUAAAAGUGCUGAUUUCUAUGAGAAAUCAAUGUAUAAAAUUAUUUUAAAAACUGCAUAGCUCAGAUCACAGGACACAAAUGAUUCAUGUUCUGAAGACAGUACAAACUGAAACGUUGAUUUUUACCUGGAUUAAGCUCUGAAUUAAAAGUUUUAUAUAUUAUGUGUGUGUGUGUGUGUGUGUGUGUGUGUGUGUGUAUAUAUAUAUAUAUAUAUAUAUAUAUAUAUAUGCAGUGAAGUUAUAUUAUAAAAUGAAUGCUCAAUGAUAUAAAAAUGCAGCAUUCAGCUGAACAGAUGCACUCACACCCUAUAUGAAAUAACUGUGGAAUUAUAAUCACAUUUAUUACUGUCUGCAGGCUCCUUUUUCCAACUGCUCACAAUCCUGCAGUCCUGGAGAAUACAAAAAGCAUUCUGACAUCAGUUGCUGCUAUGAAUGCAUAAAAUGUGCAGAUAAUUACUUCUCUUCUACAACUGGUAUGUAAAUACAAAUAUAAAACAUAUGCAUUUGUUUAUGUUAUGCACUAACAUAAAAAACGAUUCACGUUUAUUUUAAGAUGUGUGACCAGGUAUGUCUAGCCAGUAGACAUGUGCAUUUGUAUUCUUAAAAAUAUAAAAGUGACAAAAAAAUUAAAUUUCCGGUUAUUUAGUGAGAAUAAGAAAGCAAAUUUGCCAUAUACCAAAUGUGCGAAUAGUUCACUGACAGAAUGUCAUUCAGCCAUUACAGUGUGCAUCCACUGGCUGCUUGCUUUUUGACAGACCUGUCCCUGCUUGUGUCAUGACAAGCUCUCAUGGUGGAGGUAUAAAAUGUUUAUUCUUUCCCCAUGCUUCCCUUCACCAUGACGCGAGCGGUGGCAUGUCAGCUAAGCAACGAACAACCAGUGGCUGCUCGCUGUAAUAAAAAACUAGUGACUGGGCGGCUUUUGAAGCCAUUGGAUGUCUGUCGUCAGCAUGCUCUUUGUGCUGAUCUCAUUCUUGUUAAUUGCUCAUACAGGACUUAAACUCUGGAUGUGCUCUAGUGAAACACUGCACAUGCAGACUGCAGGCACCAUGGCCAGUUCAAAUCAUUGAAGUAUUCGUGGUGCUUGAAGUAAUCCAUUAUUUAGCAAUGUUACAUGCAUCCAAAAUUUGGUGGUGUGUAAUCCUGAGUGUUCUACUUCGCCAUUCAGAAAGUGGGAAGUAUCCCACUUAUGUAGCUACUGAUAUCAAAUCCUUGGGCUCUCUGUUAAAUAAAUACAAGUCCAGUUUGUAGUGACAGAAUAUGUCUUGCAACUACUAACUUUGUGAUUUUAAAAAUAUAAUUAUAUACUAAGAUAAUAAAUAUUGUUUUAUAAAAUAUAAAUUCAUGGUGUACUGUUUUCUGAACAGACAAGGUGAUUGCUUAUUGCCUUGUUAACAUAACAACAAGUAUAAAUAAAUACAUGUAUAAAUAUUACAUUGCACUUCUACAUAUAAAUUAUUGUGGAAUAUUGAAUAACAACUUGUUAUAUAUUUUUUCAUAGAUGAGACUCAGUGUACAAAGUGUCAACUCUUUGAAUGGUCAAAUAGCGGAAGCUCGACAUGUGAAAACAGGACUGUUCAGUAUCUGGAAUGGAGCAACCCAUUUGCAAUCACAUUGAUAACAUUCACAAUCUCUGGACUUCUCCUAUUACUAGCUAUCGGAAUCUUGUUCAUUAAAUUUUCCAACAAACCACCAGUUCGAGCAGCAGGAGGGAAUUACAGCUAUCUGAUUAUAGCAUCUUUAUUAUCCAGCCUGGCAAGCAUCUUUUUUUUUAUUGGUCAACCAAGUCAUACUUUCUGUCAGAUCAGACAACCUCUCUAUGGUAUCAGCUUCACCCUCUGUGUUUCUUGUAUAUUGAUCAAAUCUUUACGAAUCAUUUUUGCAUUUCAUUUAGCCAACAGACUAAAGAAGUUUACUAAACUAAGUUACACGCCAUUGGCUAUUAUCAUUAUACUAACUGGUAUUCAGAUUUGUAUUUGUGUUUUAUGGAUGAUAUUAAGAAGACCAUUUUAUUUAGAAGAUUAUAAAAUACCUCAAUUCCUAGUUCUGCAGUGUGACGAAGGGUCCUAUGUUUCUUUUGGUAUUAUGUUGGGUUACAUUGGAUGUCUUGCAUUAAUUUGUUUCAUUCUAGCAUAUAAAGGUAGGAAAUUGCCAGAGAAAUAUAAUGAGGCCAGGAGUAUUACAUUUAGCAUGCUCAUAUAUAUCUUUGUGUGGAUUAUCUUCAUCCCUGUUUAUAUGAAUACAAGUGGCAUUUAUCUCUCAGCUGUUCAAGUUGUAGCCAUAUUAGCUUCAGUAUAUGGAGUUAUAUUUUGUCAUCUUUUGCCAGCAUGUUACAUUAUAUUGUUCAAAAGGAAAAACUGUAACAGGGAGCUAUACUUGAAAAGUGUAUGUGCAUUCUAUAGGGCUAGACAAAGAGUAUUUUCUAUUAGAAACACAGGCUUGCAAAGUCAACCUACAGAUUCUAAUCUAGAAGCUCAGGUCACAAACAUCUCUCAGCUACAACCAAAAAGAAGAAGUACAGCAGUAACAGUAAAGAGAAGACGUAAGAGCUUCUAAGACGUGUAAAUACUAGAAUGCAUAGUUUUUGACAUAAAUUAGCAAGGACAUAUCUAUUUUUUUAUUUGUUAUUCCUUAGUAUAAUAUCAUAUUUAAGAUUAACCAUUGGUCGAG